AUGUUGUGGCAAAGUCUGUCAUCAUACCUGUGGGAUCAAAGUAGCACAGAAGAUGCUUCCAAUCAUCGGGUAAAUGUCAGCCUUACAGAAGAAGAUGAUUGGAUCCUUGUUGUGAAAAAGGAGAACAAAGACUUAGAAGAGGUCAGCAAUGAAGAUCAACUGGUUAAAAAUCGCAAGGAAAAAGAGAGUGGUUGGCUUUUAACACCUCCGCCUUGCUUUGAUGGUCAUGUAAUGGAAGAGCUUUCCGUCAGUCCAUUUGAAGACUUGCUCAUAGAGCAUCCAAGCAUGUCAAUCUAUCGACGAAUUGAUAGCUCUGCCAGUAUCAGGAAUAAUUUAGAUCACGAUUUCGCAGCUAGCUUGGCCAAUUCGGGUGAUAAUAACACCCAUGAAGAUACCCACGAACAAUCAAGAUCCCGAUCUAUAGAACUUUACAUGGAUCGUGAAUUAAAUAAAAAAUCUGACCGAUUCAACUAUAUACGAAAAGCACGGGACCUAAAUGUGAAGAGAUCACUAACAUUUAGUAAAGCUAAUUCACGAUCAUAUAGCAACUCGUGGUCAAGGCGUCAUUGCUUUACCAACUUCUCUUAUAGACGCUAG